CCCCCCCCCCCCCCCCCGAAAGCAAACCCCUACACCAUUUUCAUUUUCGUCUUUCCUUGUCUUUCACAUUACAUCGUUCGACUCCGGUUUCGUUUUUCGAAUAAAUGAUGAAGUAACACUCUAUUUUUGCAGUGAUCAAUCUUUGGCUUUGCUUCUUCUGGGUGAUUUGGGUAGCAGAUGUUCACUGAGGCCUUGAUAACAACAACGCUCUCAACUCUCAAGUGGGUUAGAGAGGAAUCAUUUCGGAUAAUUUAUCUAUUGAUUGUGGUUCUGGGCAACAGAAAAAGGAAGUUCCUUGCUCUAUUUUACAUGGAAGAUCAAGAAUUAAUCCAAUUGUCAGCAUAAGAACUGGGGGGCGUAAUGUUGGACUUCCUCCGCCUUUGAAAUUCUCGAGUGGAAACAAGACUCAGAAGCCUGAACCAUCUCAAAAUCUUACAGCACAAGUGGGUGGUCACCUUCAAUGUAAAAGGUGGUGGUCACAUUCACAUGAUGCGCCAGUCAACAUAUAAUGUUUCCGAGUUGAAUUUAAAUUGAGCUACUUGUGCAAUGGAUUUUUUCUCAUGUACUACGUGGUUACUCAUAUCAUCUAGAGAAUGUAGACACUCUCUUAUGAAGCCAGUUCAAUCACUCUUAGGAUAUGACCCCUGGGAAUUUACAAAAGAAGGCCGCUUCUGAUGAAGAUUUUUCCAGUGCGCCUCCAUUUUGCAGUUCUUCUGCUGGAAUCAAUGAAGUUGAUGAAUGGACCCCUGCCUCUAGAACAGUUAAUGUGCAAUCUAUGGAAGAAGAUAGUGGUCUCUCAACUAAGGCAAAUAGUAACAUUUCUUCUGGCAUAAACCACCAGGUCAAAGUUCCAAAUCAUUCUGGCUCUCACUCACCUGUGACAUUUGUUCAUGAACUAGUUCCAAAAUCCAAAUCUUUUACGCGGGCCUUAAUGCCUUUCCUCUUUGAAAGCAUAAUACUUCCUGAAUUUCAGUUUAUAUCUGCUUACACCUGUUUUUAGGACCACUGCUGCUGCUGCUGAAAGUGGAGGGCCGUCAGGUUCUUAUCCCGCUCGCCUUCCAACUUUUCAUGCCAGAGCAUUGGGUCCGUGGCAUUGCGUGCUUGCAUAUGAUACGUGUGUGCGGCUUUGCCUGCAUGCUUGGGCUAGGGGUUGCGUAGAAGCUCUGAUGUUUUUGAAAAGUGAUUCUGCUCUCUUAAGGAAUUCAUUUGGGCUAAAUCUGGAUGGAAUGUCAUUGUGAGCAAUCAUCAGAAGUGUAAAUAACUGUUCCCAGAACCGUCCAGAAUUGGCAAGGGGAAAUAUCUUCGGCAAUGUAUGCAAAAGGAAAGUGUGUUAGAGCUGUGUUAUACAGGAUUACCUUGGCCAGUGCUGUAUACACAAUUUGGCAAGAAAGAAACAUGACAAUCUUCCAAGCUAAGCAACGAAAUACAACCGAAGUUGUUAAGUUGAGAGUGAGAUAUCCAUGCAUUAACCUGAACAUACUUUUAUAUAUAUUAUGUUCAUUCUACUUUUCAAAUUCAAGAAGUGUAUUGUCGAUGUGCAAGGAAGCCUAGACUGCUCAAAAGGCUGGAGCUUCAAAAUUCAAAUCCUACAAAGCCUAGACUGCUCAGUGGAUAUGGGAGUUUGUAUUCUACUCUUAUACGUCUCUUGUUUACUUGAUAAUAAAUAUCUUUGUUUAACCCCCCCCCCCCCCCCCCCCCCCCCCCCCACCACACACACAACCCUAAAAAAAAACAAGUCAUUCAGAAUGGCCUAAUAACAGAAACCCCUUUCGUGUGAAACUAUUUUUCUUGGCCAAAUCUUGUAACCCUAAUAAUCAGAGUAAAUAGAGAAGAAAGGACGCUCUAACAGAUGGGGAAAAUGGCUAGUCUUUUCAAAUCACUAUUACAAAUUAUGACCUGCAUAUGUAUUGAAGAGGAGAUUAGUGAAGUCGUCAAAUAAUAUAAUUGAAGACGAGACAAUUGUGAAGCAAGUCAAAGAAUAUCAUUGAAGAGAAUGUAGUUGUGAAGCCGUCAAAGAAUAUAACUGUAGUUGUGAAGCCGUCAAAGAGUAUAACUGAAGAGGACGUAGUUGAGAAGCCAUCAAAGAAUAUAAUUGAAGAGGAGGUAGUUGUGAAGCCGUCAAAAAGUAUAAAUCAGAUAGAUGUUAAUCCGGUGAGUUUUAAUUUCAUGACUCUCACGAGUUAUUUCUUGUUUAAGUCAUUUUUUAGUUAAUUUUCUUUGAUCAUGAGCCUUUAUGGGAAUGGAUUUGUAAUAAUCUAGCAAUAUGUCCAUCCUAGCGGGUGUCUUCAAUUCUCACUUCCUAGUUGGUCUAACAUUCAAAUAAUUAAGUUUGGGAUUAAAUAAAUGAACUUAAUUAUAAAUUGAAUCACAACAAUCGUAAAAGAUUCAUAACCCUAGACAUAGAAGUUUGGCUCCACAUUGAAAUGGAAGAGAAACAACAGAUCAACCAAAGAAAAUAUAAUAACUAAUAGUAUGAACAAGAAAGUUAAAACUCAAUAACUCCUAUCUCCAUGAUGGCUCAUAGCCCUCCUCAGGUCAAAAGCUAUGUCCAAAUAGUGUUGGGGUGUAUUUACCGGUGUAGGAUACAUUUUAAUUUAAUCCAAAAUUGAAUUGGAAAAAUUCCAGGCAGUUAACGCUGUCUUUGUGCGAGGUGUCUUUAUACAACUAUUCUUAUAUUCCAAGCAUUAGCUUGACCUUUUAUAUAAAUAAGUCUAAAUAACUUACGUAAAGCUAUACAGACAACUAAACCAACUCACUAUCCCCUAGCCUGACUGCAUCCAAAGCUUUUUUGUACUUGGGAAGCUAAACUACUAUAUAUAUCCUGUGUUACUUCAUCGGGACCAUGUGCUCAACACAUUUAUGCUAAUCCAUCCACAUUUUUGAAUCGAAAGUAUCAUUUUCAUUGCAAUUCACGGGUUCAAAAUAUGGCAUGCUGCAUGCAUAGGAAAAUGAAGCUGGUUUGCAACUUGCAUCAGUGCUAUUGAACACUUUCUCAUAUUGUUUCUGAACUCCAUCAAAAGCACGUUCUCAAUAGCUUCUUUGGCUCUAUCUAUCUGUUGCUUCAUAAAUAUAGACCGUUGGCUGUUAUUUUCCUAUCCACCAAACAAAACACUUUGAUCAAAGGACCACCAACUUCAAGUGCUCAGACAACAUCACUAUCACUAUAAUCAACACUGAAACUCUGUUGAAAAUCCAUUAGUAUCCUUUAUCUGGAACAUCUAUCAACUAAAUCAAGGUAGGUUGUUCAAGUAUCACUUGAAAACCUGUUCUUUUCUCUAAUUGAUGUAGCUUUAUCUUCUUUGAUAGUUGUUCCUGGAUUUUGUGCACACAGAAACUACUAAAGCACUUUGCUUUGUCCUAUCUAGGCCAUGGAAAUCUACUUCCCAGAGGAAAUAAUUAUGGACAUCCUUAUUAGGUUGCCUGUCCAGUCUCUUCUUCGAUUUAAAUGUGCUUCAAAAUUCUGGAAGACAUUGAUCUCGGAUCCAUCCUCUAAGGCGAAGCAUAACAAUCAUGCCAAGAAGAAUAAAAGAAUUCUUAUUGCACAACAGGUCCCUGGGGCUGCGUUACGUGAUAUUAUGCUGUUGCGAUGGCUUGUGUCUUCUUUGGUCUUGUUCUGGUGCUGGCCAUUUACUGUGGAACCCAUCCACAAAUGAAUCAGUAGAAUUUCCUGAUCAUGAAUAUCCAGACGCAACUUGUAGCACUUAUGGAUUGGCGUUUGACUCGAUUAAUGAUGACUAUAAGAUUCUUAAGAUUGACAACAAGGGAAGUUUGACAUCACCCAAUAAAAUCUUUGCACUAAAGAGUGGUUGUUGGAGAAAUAUUGAUAACCAUCCUCGUGGCUUGGUGAAUGGUAUGCGUGGUGACAACUCUUUGGCGUUUGUUCGUGGUGCAUUUCAUUGGAUCAGUAAGGAUAAUUUAUCCAGGCAUUUUAUGAUUUCACUUAAUAUAUCAAAUGAGGUGUACGGGGAGAUAUCGUUACCAGAGGGAAUAUGCAGCCGUUGGAUAUGCUUAAAGCGUGGCAUUUCCGUAUUACAAGGAAUGCUUUGUGCUUAUUGUACUCACGAAUCGCCAAGGGGGGGCUGCACUUUUAAGUUAUGGGUAAUGAAAGACUAUGGUGUCAAGGAAUCUUGGACUGAAUUAUUUGGCAUAGGAGAUCCCAAUCUAUAUUUUGUCGUACCAAAAUAUUGGUUUGCAGAUGGUGAAGUGCUACUCUACUUCAGUAUAUACCAAAAUCAGGAGCUUCAUCAGGGGUUUAGGACAUCCGAUCGACCAUAUGAAUGGUCGGUUGUAUAUCCUGGAUACGUUGUAUAUCCUGGCUAUCUACAAGGAUUCGUUUAUACGGAAAGUUUGAUCUCCCCAAAUUACUUAUUUCGUAUUAGCUUAUGUUUGAUCAAAUUACCUAGUUGUGGUUUCAAAAUGUGUUGCUAAUGUUGUUGGUUUUGCUUAUUUCAAAAUGUGUUUGCCAAUAUUAAUGUACUGUCUGAAUUGGAACCAGAGACCAGUGAGUUGGUCUAUCCACUUUGAUUUGUCCUGAGAUUCUGUCCUAGUCACCAAAUAUUUGUUAGAAAAAGACCCACAAUUUCAACCAAACCAAUAGAGAUUAACAAUAAAUAUCUUUCAAUGCUGUGAAAUAUACUCAACUAGGAAACUAGUUGACCCACAAGGAGUCAAUUGCAAGAAAGUUGAAGUCGGUAUCCUUGAAAAUUACAGUUCUAAAAGUAAUUGAUACUGUGAUGUCAAUUAUAGGCUGCUCAGACUCUAAAAUUGUUAUCGCACCCGUGUCAGAUCCUUAAAAAAAUGUAUUAGUUUUGGAUGAUCUGACAUAUUCUUGAUGAUAUUUUUGUAGAAUUCAAGCAACAUAACUUCCACCA